AUGCAAUUCAAAGCACAAACACCUCCGCUAGCAGCCACUGAGAAGCCCCAAUCUCACAGCGAUGGUGUUCAAAUCAAGAAAUUAUUCAACAAAUUAAGUGGACAACCUGAAUCGUACUCUCGUAAAUCAAACUACACAUUUGGUAAAACUUUAGGAGCAGGAUCAUUUGGGAUUGUCAGAUACGCCAGGGACAAUGGAACCAAUGAAGAAGUUGCCGUUAAGAUUAUCUUGAAAAAAGCACUUAAGGGCAAUGAAACUAUGAUUAUUGACGAAUUACACCUUUUACAACAAUUGAAUAACCCCCACAUUGUUGGGUUUAGAGAUUGGUUUGAAAGUAAGGAUAAGUUCUAUAUUGUGACUCAAUUGGCCACCGGUGGUGAACUUUUCGACCGUAUUGUGAAAAAGGGUAGAUUUACUGAACAUGAUGCCUCUUUAGUGGUUGUGCAAAUGUUGGAAGCACUUGCCUACUUGCAUUCCAAGGAUAUUGUUCAUAGAGAUAUAAAACCUGAAAACGUCUUGUACUUGACCCCCGAAGAGAACUCGGAAAUUGUGUUGGCUGACUUUGGAAUUGCCAAACAGUUGCAAAGUCCUAAUGAGAAAUUGACUUCCCUGGCCGGUUCCUUCGGAUACGCUGCUCCAGAAGUCAUCUUAGGCACUGGUCAUGGUAAGCCAUGUGACAUUUGGUCGUUGGGUGUUGUCACCUAUACAUUGUUGUGUGGAUAUUCUCCAUUUAGAUCAGAAAACGUUCAAGAUUUUAUUAAUGAAGUCAAGCAUAAUAAUGCGGUUAUAUUCCAUGCUGAUUACUGGAAAGAUGUUUCCAAGGAUGCUCGUAGAUUCAUUAUCAAGGCGUUGCAAUAUAGUCCUGACAAACGACCCACUGCGGCUGAGUUAUUGGAUGAUCCAUGGAUUGUUACAAUUGCCGAGAAACACAAGGAAUGCGACUUGUUACCACACUUGAAACAAGGUUUCGAUGCCAAGGCCAAGUUUAGACAAGUUGUUGAAGUUGUUAAAUUGAAUAAUAGAAUCAAAAGAUUGAAGCAAAUUCAAAGUGAGGAGGAUGAUGAUCCCAAUGAAAUUAAUUUGUUUAAUGAUGCUGGAUCUGUAAUGUCUACUGCUUCCCGUGUACCUUCGGGAGUUGAACAAUCACCGUUAUUAACUUGGAAGAAGUUUUCUAAUGUGUUGAAUAACUUGGAUCAAGACAGAUCAAAGGCUUCAUUGACUCCGCUCCCUGCAUAUGCCGAAGAUGCAAAGCAAACCAAGAAGAAGGAAACCACCGCCGAUGCUUUUGUUCAAUUAGUUCACGCAGCUACUGAAAAUAAGGAAAGAGUGGAAAACUUUGAUGAAACUAAACAUGAAGAAGAACAACAACAGAAGUAA